AUGCCUGGAAUCCUGCCCAUGAAAGUGAUCAAGGUCGGGGGUAUCGGCACCCAGAGCCGUAUUGCCCAGGCCUGCGAUCGCUGCCGCAGCAAAAAGAUCCGUUGCGACGGCGUCCGACCAUGUUGUACCCAGUGUGCCAACGUCGGCUUCGAGUGCCGCACAAGCGACAAGCUGAGCCGCCGAGCCUUUCCAAGGGGAUAUACCGAGUCGUUGGAAGAACGUGUACGUGCGCUGGAGUCGGAAGUAAAAGACUUGAAGAACCUACUGGACGAGAAGGACGAGAAGAUCGAUGUCUUGUCCCGCAUUCACUCUUUCUCGCCCUCGCAGCGAACGAAUUCAACGACGAACUCGGUGCGGUCUCCAUCAACAACCAAAUCCACCAGCCCGGAUUCGUCCGAGGGGAUGAUUCGUGUGGAUCGGUCGUCGAUUCGGCCAGCGGAGGGAAAUCCGUUUACGGGCCUUUCAAGCACCCAGGGCUUUGCUGGAGUGUUUACGGACAAGCUUGUUCGGCAGGGAAAGGCGUCCUCCCAAGCCUCGACAAAGUCUUUGACGGCUUUGUCUGCCCCUGUUGUUCGUGGUUCUCGUAACCAGACAGUCAAAACGCCACCCCGCCUCGUAUCCGACCAACUCAUCAACAUUUUCUUCCAAGAAUGGGCGCCGCUUUACCCUGUUGUACACCGCCCGACUAUAUUGAAGGCCUACGAACAAUAUCUGGGAAAUGCGGAGUCUCUGCAGAGCGAUGCCCAUACAAUAGCACAACUAAAUUUGAUCUUUGGCAUUGCCGCUCUGUCGUCAAUGCCGAGAACCAACCAAGACCCCGCUUUCUUUGAAGAAAAUUGGUCGGCACAGCUCAACUCGUUUGCUGGCGACACGUCGAUCUUGGCCCUGCAAUGCUUCGUUCUGGCUCAGAUGUAUUGCAUUACUAAGGGUGACUACCGCAGCCUGCUUCACUAUCGAGCUCUUGCGGUGGAUAUCUGUCAUCAGAUGGGUCUUUAUGAACCACAGGAAAAUUUAGCGCUUACACCCCUAGAGGGUGAGACUCGCAAAAAAGUGUUUUGGUGUCAAUAUGUGUUGGACCGUUUUUGUUCAGCUUUGACCGGGAUUCCUGUCCUCUUUCGAGAAGAUGAUAUCCAGACUGAAUAUCCUGUUGAUGUAGAUGACGAGAAUGUGACCGAGACCGGUUUCCUACCGUCCCUUCCAGGAGAAUCCACUCGCAUCUCCAGUGCUAUUGCUCUUUUUAAGGCUUCGAGGAUUUUGACGAAAGCUCUAGAGCAACUGUUCCCUUCGAAAUCCAGCUAUGAAGUUCCUGUCGCAAAAAUGCGCGCUGUGGCAGGGGAAUUAGACGAAUGGCUUCACAAUCUGCCUCCCCAUCUCCAUCUUGAGUUUGCACAGGACAAGCCUAGCACGAAUGUCACGAGCAGCCGGUCACCGCUUUUGUCUCUUGUAUAUUACUUCAUCCGUUCUUUGAUUCAUCGACCGGCUGUUUGUUUUGCCGAUGAGCACCUGCGCUCUCCCUCCGUCCUAGCGCUAUCCGAUUCAGCCAAGCAUAUGAUUCAGAUCUUGCAGCUGCUAGAUGAACGGCGACUAUGUCUUUCCGUCACCAUCAACCGGAGAGAGCUAGUGUUUAUCUCAGGACUCGGACUCUUAUGGCAGGUCUUGGGUCUAAAGCGCGACAGCAAACUAGCAAAGGAAAGCCAGAAGCUGCUCGCCAACGUCCUAGAGCAGCUUGAGCCCGAAUCUACUGCAGCCACAGCGGAAUUCCGUACACUGGCCAAUACCCUAGUCUCUUUGGACCGUGGAAAAUCAAGAAAGCAGUCGCAGGAGAUGGGAGCUCCGACAUACAAACCUAACAGGUCUCCUAAGAAACAAUUGCAGUCCUUGAAGUCUUGCUUCACGCCUAGCGCUAGACGUGAUCAGCCCAAAGAGAAUGCAGCUUCUCGUCGGAAUACCAUCUCUGGCGCUACUCCUCCGCUCGCACCACAGAACCUUCGAUCUCCUAGCUGGGCGAGCCUGCCUCCCGCGCAGGCAGACCAACUAACGACUCCUCAAUAUCUUUCUACUAAGACCCAUUCACCUCUGGACCUUGCCUCUAAUCCCCGGCUCACACCCAUAGGAUACGACGAUUCACGGACACUCUCUUGCCCUACCUCUUCAGACUUGGCGAAUGGUGCAAUUACAAUGGCCGACUGGGAAUAUGUCCUUAGCGACAUGGAUCGUGGCUACUCCAACAUCUUCACUGGAAUAUAUGGCGGCAAAGAUUGUGGCGAAGACCCUGGGCCAUUCGCAUCCAUCACAGCCGAAUACAACCAAAAACCACAGGAGGAAACGCUCGGCCUCCCUCCUACAAUGGGUACUAUGCACGGCCUAUCACCGGAGGCUUGGUCUGCGAGCAGUGGUGACAUUCCCCCGAACCAGGAGAAUGCUACACAGAGCGUGCUCAGCUACUCAGGCGAAAGCCUGGGAAGUACGGAUGACCACCGUGCCUCGUUUGCGGAUGUCCAGGUGCAUCCUGAUGACAUGAAUUUGAUGGAUCCGUUCCGUGGCCUGGCGAUACCCGCCGAAGAGGAGAUGGAUGAGUAUUCCCUGGUCAACGGCUGGGAUCGGCGGCUGGCCGCCUGA